CGUAAAACUGGAAGUUCCGGUGCUACUCAUUCAUUCUCAGAACAGAACGGAUUUGGGCGCACAUUUGAGAAUUAAUAAACAUGGAGCAAGAUCCACCCAAAAACAAGACAGCUCCUCCAAGGAAGUUGAAAUUUGCUCCAAAAGCACCUAUCCGCCGUGUACCAAAACCUGAAGUCAAAGCAGAAAUGGCAGAGGACAAUGAUGCUGCUCAAGCCAGGGAUUUACUAAAACGCUUCAAUGAAAGCACCCAAAGGGCAAAGCAAAGAGUUGGGAGAAAAGCGGCACCUACACAAGUUGCGUUUGGUUCUGGAGGUUCAUCGAGCACCCUAAGAUCAUAUGGUGUUUCAAAAGCUGGAAAUAGACCAAGAAAUGAAGAUGGAACUCUUCCGGCUAGUACAAGCAAGGAGUAUGUAGAACCAUGGGAUUAUUACAGUUAUUAUCCUGUAACUCUUCCUCUGCGGAGACCUUAUUCGGGAAAUCCAGAUUCUCUAAACGAGGAAGAAUUUGGUGAGGCUUCAGAAAACUUCACGUAUGAUGAAAAUACAACAACUGCAGCAAUGAAUCUUGGUCUAUUGGAGGAGAACCCGGAGACAGAUGUCUUCUUUUUACAAUUACCACCUAUGGUGCCUAUGAUAAAGCAAUCUUCUACAGUAGAAAACAUGGGGUCAGGCAAUGUCUCAGAACAAAAUAGCGCCUCACAAACUCGACAAAAAACCUGCUCUAUGAAUGAGUUACCUUCUGGCUCCAUGGGUAAACUGCUUGUGUAUAGGAGUGGUGCUGUCAAGUUAAAGCUUGGAGAUAUCAUAUAUGAUGUUUCUUCUGGAAUGGAUUGUGGCUUUGCACAAGAAGUUGCAGCUAUCAAUAUGGAAGGGAAGCAUUGCUGCAUCGUUGGGGAGCUUAGCAAGCGUGCCAUUUUAACACCAGACGUGGACUCAAUGUUAAGGAAUAUUGAGGAUUUAUAAUUAUUCUCAGAUGGCGAGAUUUUUUCAUAGACAUCAAUGUGUAGAGAAAUAGAAAUGGACGAGAGUAAUAUUCUUCAUCAAAACCUUGAGAGGAUAGAAUAGAACAACAGAGAAUAGCACCAGAAAAAGAUUGCACUGGUUCAGGAAAAACAGAAGAGUGACUAUUUUAUCACUUGUUUACCCCCAAGUGCCUAGAUUUUUUUAUUAUGAACAAUUGUCAUUCGAUCAAGUAGAUCAAUGAUAUGAAUUUCAAUUUUGACAGGAGCAAUAAAUCUCAUUCUAUUGAAA